AUGCACUCGUCCGUACUCCAACCAGGAACCCACACCUUCCAUGCGCCAGCAAAAGGCCUCACAUUCGAAUAUGUGAUCCACCGUCCAACCAUCCCAUCACCACAAGAACCACACAACAUAAUAGUAAUACAAUGUCCGGGCUGGGGCCUAGGAUCUCCCUACCUCCAACACGGCCUCCACGAUCUCUGGAACCCCCAAACCAACAACACAGUGAUCUUCUUCCACCCACGCGGAACAGCCGGCACAACCAAACCACCCUCAACACAAAUGAGCAGUCUAGAUCUCGCCUCCGACCUAGAAGACCUACGCCAGCACCUUCAGUUAUCACAAUACCCCGUCCUACUGGGCCAUUCCAACGGCGGAGCCAUUGCACUCGGAUAUGCGCAGAUGUAUCCCAGUCGAGUGUGUAAGCUGAUUCUACUCGACCACCAGCUGGUCGGUGUUCAAGAUAAGAGAUUAUUACAGAUUCAAGCUACUAGAAUCGAUGAUCGAUACCAGGAUGCGUGGGAUAGUAUGUCCGGGAAACAGACUGGGUCUGAUGAGGAAUUUACGGAGUCUGUUCGUGCUAUGUGGCCUUUGUAUUUCUUUGAUCCGGGAUAUGUACCGGAGUUACUGAAAGGUAUUGGGAGAAAGAAGUUGUCGGUUUGGUGUUAUGAGGCUCAGGGGAGAUGUGAUAGGAAGUCCGGGGGGAUGGUUGAGGGAUUGGGGAAUGUGAGGGCGAAGACGCUUAUGAUAUUUGGGAGGGAGGAUAUGAUAUGUGGGAUUGGGAUUGCGGAAAAGACGAUGGAGGGAAUUCCAGAUGCGGAAUUCAUUUGUUAUGAUGGUUGUGGGCAUUUUCCUUGGAUUGAGAAGAGGGAUGAGACGAUACUUGAUAUCCGUAAAUUCAUUGAAAAGGAAUAA